GUAUUUAUUUAUCUAAUUAAUUUAGUUUUAUCAGUUGUUUUUAUUUAUCUUCCUGAUUUUUGUUUUUAUUUCCUACCCCCUUUGCUUUCAUCUGUGUUACUCUCAGGUACAGAGGAGGUGGUGCACCUGAGGAGGGAAAAUAUGGAGCUUUGUGGCAGGGUCCAGGAGCUCAACCAGGCUCUGAGCACUGCUAAACGGAUUGCUGCUGGCUUGAAAAAAGGCCCAGCGGUGGUCAGCAAAUCCGUGCUCCAUCCCUGCAGGACAUCUGCUGGGACCAGCAAAGAACAGGGGGGUGAUGCCCAGCAGUCAACGUCAGACCUUCUGGAGCUCUCUGCAGACCGCCCUCCAUCCAGUCCUCCAUCACCUGCAGAGUCCUCCAAUGUUAGCCCACACAUAUCUCCCGCCUCCUCUGUGCACAAGGACGAGGAGGAGAAGAUGAUGGAGGAGGAGAUUCUUUUGAAGCCUAAAAUGAGCGAUCAUCCUCGCAUUCGUAGGCGCAGCUCAACAACUCGGAAGCUCCCUAUGACCUCCAGUGCUUGUUGCACAUGGAGCACCGGAAGAGGGAAGGGAAACCUGAUGCACCGGCUGGUGCUGCCCCGCUCCAUGGAGGCCUACGUAGAACGUUACCAUAGCUACCACACCAGCAAGUAUGGCAGCAGUAAAAUGAGGGAGGGGGUGGUGAGCAGAAUCAGCAGGCUGAAGAGCUUCUUGCGUUACAUGGCGGAUGGGCACAAGCUAAUUUCAAACUGGAAAUUUAUGUUCCACAUUGGCCGCAUCAACAGAUGGUUAGUGGAGCUGAGCAAAAGUGGGAAAGAGGUAACCACUCAGCGGUUCUACAUUUACCAGCUCCACCAAUUCAUAAGUUACCUGAAAAGGAACCGCCCCGACAGCUGAAGGCUCACCAACAAACAAAUUUCUCAAAUCCUUGAUCUUUUGGAAAAGGCAAGGAGGGACCUGAAAAGGGCCAUUUUCUUCACCAAAAUAGAGUGAAGAGGGCCAAAAUGAAUCAAGUGCCACAGCGGGACUCAAUCCUACGCUGCAUCCACCUGGCACCUGGAUUCAUUGAAGAGUCAUUGGAGAAGCUGGAGAAGGAGCCAAAGAAUAGCUCCCUACGCUAUACGGGUACCUGACCGCAUACUGGGCAUGUGUCAGUGGACACAGGCCAGGUGUGUUCAUCAACAUGUUGGACACAGAGGUGGACGCAGGAGCCCUGGAGGAGACAUCGGAGGGUGUUCUCAUUAGGGUGGCUGAGCACAAGACCUCGGUGCAAUUUGGAGAGGCUACCCUUGCACUCACGCAGAGGGAGUUCAGCUGGGUGAAGAGGCUGAGGGACAUAAAGAGCAGGCUGUCCAUAAACAACAAGUAUCUGCUAUUCACCAUGGGAAAGCUGCCAUUCAGAAAUAUUGUGCGCUACCUUAAUUUUGCAUGGAAGCAGAUGGGGCUGGGGAGCGCCAUCAAUUGCAUCUUGAUCCGCAGUGCCCUAGCCGACAGUGCCAAGUCUGCCCUGACGCCCGAGGAGAGGAACAAAGUCAGCACUUUUAUGUGUCAUGACACUAAGACUGCUGACAGGUUUUAUGUCCUGAACCCCAGCCUGCAGGAGGCCGUCAGAAGAAGAACUCUAAUUACUGAUGCACUCUCCAAAGUGCCCUCCAGAGAGAAGCCAUCCUCCUCCUCAGCUGCCCACAAAAGAAGAG